GUUCACUCCACUGCAUUAAGCGACCUUGCAAAUCUAUAUCGAACCAUGGCCCGAAGUGCAAGCACCAGGCACAGUAACCACGCAAGCUACGAAAAGCAAGCGAGCUCGAAAGCUAUUAAGGUGGCUGCCGAUGGUAUGUGCUUCAUGUGUGACUUAGAGGCCGACAACUGCGUGCAUAUUAUAAGAAAGACAGAUGGAUCAGUCCAGAUCCUGGCCCAGAAAGGGCUCAUCAACUUCCAGCUCAAGUCGGCAAUGAAUAGAAUCGGGUUAUGCGCAUCUUGCCAUGUCAGAUAUGAGGACCAGUUAGACCCGAGGCUGACGUUCUACCCUCAAGACAUUGAUUUCUUUAUCUUCUUUGAGCUGCGUGAUCGAGCCCGCCGGAGCAAGGAUGGGUCCGUCCGGAGAGUGCCCACGGCCGCACAAUACGCCAAACGGGGCGCGCUAUACACAAGGAUUGUUUUCAGGAGAAAGGGACAAGAUGAGGCGAUAGUCAAAGAUCCUGCGCGCUGGGAUGGCGCACCACUGGGCGCUCUCAAAAGAGCAUUUGACAUCAUGGGAUGUCCCAGGGCGGAUGGAAUCCCGGAAGGGGAUACGCAGCGCUUGAGAGAUCUUUGGGAUCUCUAUCACAGGGACGAUGAUGAUACAGCCCAGCGAGUGGCAGCUCGGUAUGGUUUUAGCGCCUCAGAAGAACAUUUCGGUCUUGGGGCGGUGGACUCGCAUAACGACCAGUACGCCGGCGAAUCGAAUGACCAGGGGGAUUUGGAUAUGGAUUGGGACUCGCCAAGUCCAAGCGAACAGACCGAGCUGGACCAGAGCGGAUAUAGUUACAGGCGAUUCAGAAAACAGCUUACCAUUGAGAACCCAAAAUGUGCGUCCUUUGACUACAGGAACUGGUGUUGGGAAUUUGGCCCUAAUUCGACCUCGAACCAAAAGGCUCAGCAGAUCUAAUCUAGUGUUGAUUUUGAGAUCCCAGAUAGCCCGGCUACUUAUUUGCUUUGUGGUGUCUAAAGUCUCUGC